GGAAAUUGCGUUGCGGAAACAGUGCGAAUGUGUGAUAUUAUUUUAUUUGUCAUUAUCAAAUGAUUCAAAUAAAAUAAAAUUAAUUUAUUGUUUUACAUAAUUCGUUUCAUUUGGGAAUCGUGUCAAACGAUUCAUGAGUUUGGUUGUGUGGUUUUGGAUAUACAAGUUGUACGAAUCCAACAGAUAUAUAGUGACCAUAAGGUGACUACCUCUCUGCAUCCCUCCCCCUCUCUAUCAAUCACUCGUGGGUCGAGCUACAUCGGCUCGAGGCAACCGAAUGAGGCGAUCUACCUGCUCGGGUAUAAAAGCAGGCGACUCGCUCGCCAAGUGCUCAGAGAGAAAAGCAACAUCGAGUUAACAGUUGAUAGUUGAGUGUUAUUCGCGAUUAUUCAUAUUCGUAUUCAAGUAAUAUCACAAGUAAAAAGAUCGCUACAAUGGCGUUGGUUUCUGUGGCAGAUUUCGAGUUGAAAGCCAAGCGCAAUCUGGAGAAGAAUGCCUUGGACUAUUACAAGAACGGAGCAGGAGAACAAGUGACAGUCAGUCUCAAUCACGAGGCAUACAAAAGAUUGCGUUUGCGUCCUCGGUUUCUACGCGAUGUCUCCCACUUGGAUGUCAGCUGCGAGAUCUUGGGACAGCAGCUGCAGUGGCCCUUGGGCAUUGCCCCGAGUGCGAUGCAGAAGCUGGCGCAUCCGGAUGGAGAGAUUGGCAUGGCACGUGCCGCUGGCAAAGCCGGCUCCAUCUACAUACUGAGCACGCUGUCGACGACUUCGCUGGAGGAUCUGGCUAAGGCAGCACCAGACACUUGCAAGUGGUUCCAGCUCUACAUCUACAAGGAUCGUCAUGUGACUGAGCAGCUCGUCAGACGUGCUGAGCGAGCCAACUUCAAGGCCUUGGUGGUCACCAUCGACACGCCCAUCAAUGGGGAUCGUCGUGCAGAUGCGAAGAACAAGUUCUGCCUGCCCUCUCAUCUGAGUCUGGCCAAUUUCGAAGGAGAGAUGGCCCAGGGCGUCAUCUCAUGCGGAGGCGGCUCUGGCCUGAAUGAGUAUGUGGCCAGCCACUACGAUCCCAGCAUCACAUGGAAGGAUAUCAAGUGGCUGCAACAGCUCACGCAUCUGCCCGUCAUCCUCAAGGGCAUCCUCACAGCCGAGGAUGCAGAACUGGCUCGCGAAUGCGGCUGCUCCGGCAUCAUCGUCUCGAACCACGGCGGACGACAACUCGACACUGCUCCGGCCACAAUUGAGGCACUGCCCGAGAUCGUUGCUGCAGUGGGAAAUGAUCUGGUGGUCAUGCUGGAUGGUGGCAUUAUGCAAGGCAACGACAUCUUCAAGGCAUUGGCUCUCGGCGCCAAGACCGUCUUCAUCGGUCGCCCCGCCCUCUGGGGAUUGGCCACCAAUGGCCAGGCGGGAGUCGAGCAGUUAUUGCACGUGAUGCGCGACGACUUCGAGAUCACCAUGAAGCUAACUGGUUGCCCCUCCUUGGCUGAUAUUCAACCCACCAUGGUGGCCCACGAAUCCACCUACUGGAAUCGGCAUUAAGUCCAAUCAAUUCAAUUUAAUCCAAAGCAACUACCUGCCGACUGAUUAGCCUAAUAUGUAUUAGUUUAAGACCCGAUUUUUACUCCUUAGAUUUAUAAAUACA